AUGGCUACUUACCUGCUUUCAGCUAUAUGUCUCUCCCUGCUCUUGUCUGCUGCGAUCGGCCAACGAUCGCCCCAACUGCGUGAGGCCAGACAAUGCCGUCUUCAGCGACUGACGGCAGGCCAGCCCUCUCAGCGCAUUGAAUCAGAAGGUGGUUUCAUUGAGCUGUGGGACGAGAACCAGGACCAGUUCCAGUGCGUCGGAGUUGCGGCAUUGAGGGCCACUCUUAGGCCCAAUUCCCUCCACUUGCCAAGCUUCCAGCCAUCCCCUCGACUGGUGUACAUUGAGCGAGGUGAGGGCUUGCUGGGGAUAACGUUCCCAGGAUGUGCAGAGACAUACCAUUCACAGCAAUCUGAGAGGACCCGAGAGGAGGGCCAAGAAGAAGAGCGACAAAGAGAAGGGAGAAGAGGAAGAGAUCAGCACCAGAAGGUGCACCGCAUUCGCCGAGGAGACAUCUUGGCCAUUCCGGCCGGUGCAGUCCACUGGUGCUUCAACGAUGGUAAGGAAGAGCUUAUCGCCAUCGUCUUCAACGAUGUCAACAACCAGGCCAACCAGCUUGAUCAAAGAAAUAGGGCAUUUUACCUAGCAGGUGGACUACAAAGGAAAGAGCAACACGGCGAGCAGGCUAGGCAGUCGUUCCAGAACGUUUUCCGCGGCUUUGACGCAGAAUUGUUGGCCGAGGCCCUUUACGUUCCUUCAGACAUUGUAAGGAAGAUGCAACAAGAAGAUGAUCGAGGACUCAUUGUUAAUGUCCGAGAGGGAUUGAGAGUGAUUAGACCUGAUGAACAAGGAGAAGGAGAACGAGGGCGCGGGCCAGGAGAGUUUGCAAAUGGGUUUGAAGAAACUUUCUGCACCAUGAAGGUCCGCACAAACAUUGAAAACCGAAGAGAAGCUGAUAUUUACUCGAGGCAAGCUGGAAGAUUAAACAUUGCCAAUGAGCACAAACUUCCAAUCCUUCGAUCCUUGGACAUUAGCGCAGAGAGAGGAAACCUCUUCCCGAAUGCAUUGUUCACGCCACACUGGAAUAUCAACGCCCACACUGUCAUUUACGUGAUCAGAGGCGAUGCCCAAGUGCAAGUCGUCGGAGCAAAUGGCCAAACUGUGUUGAAUAAUAGGGUGAAUGAAGGCGAACUGUUUGUGAUACCACAGUACUUUGCAUCGACAAUUGAGGCCGGAAAGAAUGGCUUCGAGUGGGUGUCUAUCAAGACAACCAGCUCACCGAUGAAGAGCCCUCUUGCCGGUUACACUUCAGUUUUCAGGGCCAUGCCACUUGACGUCAUUACGAAUUCGUAUCAAGUCUCUCCAAGUGAAGCUCAGAAUCUGAAGCUGAACAGGGGUGGCCAAACCUACCUGCUAUCUCCGGGGAGAAGAUCUCAGUAA